AAUAAACGUAGUAGUUUUUAUAAAACAUCUAAACGAUCUGUAGUGCCUCAGAUAAACCUUGGACCAGAUGAAAAUUAUGGAAAUGUGUCCUAUGAUCCACUUUUAGAAUUGACUGAAUGUGAAAUUGAAAAUUAUAAGCGUACAUACUUAGAAAAAUUAUCACUGUCUGAGUACCAAGUAAAAACAUUAGAAAUUAGAACUAAGAGGCAAAAUCAAUGCGAAGAAUGGUACAUUGAAAGAAAAAAACGACUUACUGCAUCUAUUUUUGGGAAAAUUUGUAAAUUGCGUGAAAAAACAUCUCGUGUGAAAACAGUAAAUGAUAUUUUAUUUGGAACUUUUACCGGAAACGCCGCAACUAGAUAUGGAAUUGCUAAUGAAGUAGUAGCAAAAGAACAAUUGGAAGAGCGAUUAAAAAAAAAAAUUCUGCCUUCUGGUUUAAUUGUCGAUAUAAAAUUACCAUUUUUAGCAGCUUCCCCAGAUGGUAUAAUAGAAGAUGAUUCUUUGGUAGAAAUUAAGUGUCCAGCUAGUGCUAAAGAGUUUUCACCAGAAGAAGCGAUAACUAUUGGUAAAAUUAAAAACUGUUUGGUAAAUAAUGGACAACUACAACUAAAACGUAAUGAUAAUUAUUAUUACCAAGUUCAGGGGCAGUUACAUAUCAGUCGAAGAAUGUAUUGCUAUUUUUGUGUAUGGACCCCAAAAGGUCUGUUGUACGAAAAAAUUCAACGUGAUGAUGAAUUCUGGGAAAAUAAUAUGAAACUUAAACUGGAACUUUUUUAUUUGAAUUAUCUUUUACCGAGUUUGAUAAAAGAAGAAUUAAUAAUGACAAAUAAAUAA